AUGAAUCGGCUUUUGGCAGCAUGCGCUAAUGUAGGGACCUUCUCUCAAGAGCAUGCUGUGGAGUUGGUUCAGAAGUUUAUUGCUAUAGCACAAGUGUUAGAGAAUUCCAAAGCUGCGGGGUUCCUGUUUGGUGCCGUUGAGCCUGCGGAUGAAGCUGUUGAGAAUGACCUGGUCGCAAGCGCAUACCCGUCGCCUGUUGAGCAUCCAGAAGAUCGAACUUACUCUACUCCCAAUCCUGCACACGAGCUUCUUUUACACCCGCUUUUAGUAGCUCUCCUAGCCUUUCAACUUGGCGGCCCCGUCAAUGCCGCCUUUACCAUCCAUGAGCUUCAAUGGAAGCCCCCAGACAAUACAACGAGCGACAUACCGACCUUUUACAGUGAGGGUGAUACUGAUGACCUGUUCCAUGAAUUUCGCAUCACAAGAGUUUGGGAAAUUCAUGAAGGCGUGGCCGUUGGUCCUUCGGGAAACCAUAGCGUGUUCAUGACGGGCGAAGCCACACCACAACCGCUCAUCAGUCUAGGUGCGCAUGGCGAAGACACAGGCAUCUCACCGGUUACUGUUUUGUACGAACCUAGGAAUGCUGCCUUGUACUACGAUUGUCAAGAUACAGAUGCUGUACGCCGAGGAGUCAGCUUGGAUUUUCAUCUCAACACGCUGACGGAUGACAUGCUUCGCCUCUUGGCAACGCCGUCAUCAGAGACGUCGAGCGAAAAACUAACCUUGUCGAAAUUGUUGACAAACUUUCCUAUCUUCAAUUACACUGCUCAUUUCCAUGACCUUCUCUUUAACUCUGAAUCGCUGAUAGCGAUACUUACCAAGCUCUCCACUAUCACGAUACCGCCGCGAUCCCACUUGUCAGGGGGUUCCCAGAGACCACACGAGAAAAGUUUCGAGGCCUACAAAAAUGACAACUGGACGCACCUGCCACAGGAAGUCAGGCUUAUGGAAAGCGACAUCUGCUUGGAAGGCACUUACCCUACUCUAGUGAACUUCUUGGAUAGCAUCGUUCUCAAAGCACGUCGCGAUGUCCACCUACCCCUUGGGAUGGACUUGUUCCCUCAGAAUCUCAUAGCUGAGAAUAUGGAGUGGGCGCGCAAGUUCAUUAGGGACAUGUCGAAGGAUACGAUAUCGAUGCGCCUGUCAUGUUACGCCCACGCACUUGUCGAGACAGCUUACUGUACAAAAGAUCUUAUCUCUACUCCCAAUAUGCGGGAGCUUGCCAGGAUGGUCGAAGUGUACUGUCUCGAACUUACCGCUUUUGGCUUUCUGGACGAAGUUUUGCAACUUCCCUCUGUAGCUGCCCUAGUCCAUGCUUUGGGUGGCGCUAUCGAUGGGCUGAAGGAAGUACAGUUAUCCGCCGAACCAUGGAUUGAAGAAACGGAUUUACAGAUAUACAGAACGCGUUGUCUGUACUUCUUCUGGUGCGUGGAUUUAGUGGUGUGCUUUCUGAAGAAGCCUGUGAUGGGGCCUUUUAUGACUAUAGACGUGGAAACCGCCGAAUUGAAGAUCAAAGAAGUUCAGAAGGAAGUGUGUCCUUUGGCAAAAAGGCUAUUGCGGAACUGGGUUGCUUGGGGCCUGUUCGUCGAUAGUUUGCCGGAAGGGGGGUUCUGUGUUCGGCAGCCUUCGGUGGGAGGCGGGGCUCAUUAA